CCUCGAAUAACGCACCUACACACUCUUUCUUUCCCCAUCAAAGCAACGUCAAACCCCAUUCUACCACACCAAUCCCACUUCUCAACCACAAACAAAAUGCCCCUCACGCUAAAACUCAUCUCUCUCCUCGCCAUCGUCCUCACCCUCCUCUCCCUCGCUGCAAGCAGUACCGAAACCUCCGCAUCUUCAAGCCUCGACAGCGGCUACGCCAACCACACCGCCGAAAUUUCUACCAUCCUAUCUUCUCGCGAAGUCAGUUGGAGACCAGGCCAGAGUAUCUCUAUUGAUCUCGAGCCUGGUAUGAGAUUCCAGAUCUGCGGCGCGAACCCGGAUGAUGGACAUAUGUGCUAUGUUUCUUUUGUUGAGAAGAGUACUUGGGGAGGAUGGGCUAUAAUGUGGGCAUUUGAUAAUAGCUGCAACCUCCGCGGUUCCAACACCCACGUCGCUCGAAACUGGCUCAACGGUAUCUGGUUCUUCAGCACCGACCUCCCUACCUUCCUACAAGUCGAAAUCAAGACCUGGUGGAACGAAGACAAGAACGAAGGCGUGAGUAUCUACUACAAUAAGCAUCGUACGCAGCCGUUUGUGGGUAGGGAUUAUCCCGUCUUUACGUAUAAGACGAGAUAUCCGUCGAAGACGCCGCCCGGGGCGGUUUAUGCGGUUUUUAGAGCGGUUUUUAGAUGUUGA